UUUUUGUACAGUAGGUUCAUUUCUGCACAGUAGAUUUGUUUCUGUACUGGUUAUUUACGACGCUCCGCGAAGGCAGCGUGAGCUCCAUUCUCUGUGUAACUGCCGCCACCUUCCGGCGGAAGCUGUCAAUGUAACUUCACAGUACUCUCAAUGAAAGAGACUCGACAUCAAUUGCAACAGCCAUACUUAACAUUCUCGGUGGUUUCGCUCAUUCUAGCACAAUAUCCGCUGAACCACAGUCAUUUUUUCCGCAUUAUUCCUCCGCUACAUCACACCGAGCGGCCACAACAGACAACAGCGCCCCCUGGCUGCGUUCACGGGCCCCGCAUCACGCAGGGAAGAAAAGCUCCAUCAUCCUCCUGCGAUACGAGCAUCGUUUCGGUGGAGCUAGGGCAUCCUCCCUACCCUUCGACACUCAUGACUACCGACUAGGGCCGCUGAUUAACGGACAAACAGAGGGGAUAUAAGGACAGUAUAAUGGCCAAACACCGCAAAGAAAGAGACAGCUGGGGUGAGUGGUCCCUCAGUGACAAAAAUGUCUACGACUGGAGCUCAGAGGAGGAGGAGCCGGACGGACGGGCCCGGCCAGUGCAGGUGCUGCUGGUCAAAGAUGACCACACCUUCGAGCUGGACGAGGCGGCGCUGAGUCGCAUCCUGCUGGCGGAGGAGGUCAGAGACCGUGAGGUGGUGGCCAUCUCUGUGGCUGGAGCUUUCCGCAAGGGCAAGUCCUUCCUCAUGGACUUCAUGCUGCGAUACAUGUACAACCAUGCAUCUGAAGGCUGGCUCGGAGAUCCAGAGGAGCCUCUGACUGGUUUCUCCUGGAGGGGGGGCUCAGAGAGGGAGACCACCGGGAUCCAGAUCUGGAGCGAGGUCUUCCUGGUGGACAAGCCAGAUGGCAGAAAGGUUGCUGUGUUACUAAUGGACACACAAGGCACGUUUGACAGCCAGUCGACACUGAGGGAUUCAGCCACUGUGUUUGCACUCAGCACGAUGAUAAGCUCCAUGCAGGUUUACAACAUCUCUCAGAAUGUACAAGAGGACGACCUUCAGCACCUGCAGCUUUUCACUGAGUACGGCAGACUAGCUAUGGAGGAGACUUUCCUCAAACCAUUCCAGUCAAUGAUCUUCCUCGUUCGAGACUGGAGCUUUCCUUAUGAGUUUCCUUACGGACAGGAGGGGGGCAUGAAGUUCCUCGAGAAGAGACUUAAGAUCUCAGAGAACCAGCAUGAGGAGCUGCAGAACGUGCGCAAACACAUCCACUCCUGCUUCACCAACAUCUCCUGUUUCCUGAUGCCUCACCCCGGCCUCAAGGUGGCCACCAACCCACACUUUGAUGGACGAAUUAUAGAGAUCGACGGUGAGUUCAUAAACAACCUGAAGGUUCUGGUCCCGUGGCUUCUCAGUCCUCGUAACAUCGACGUGAAGGAGAUCAACGGCAGCAAGAUCACCUGCAGAGGCCUGCUGGAGUACUUCAAGGCGUACAUCAAAAUCUACCAAGGUGAGGAGCUGCCACAUCCGAAGUCCAUGCUGCAGGCCACAGCAGAGGCGAAUAAUUUGGCAGCAGUCGCGGCUGCAAAGGAUCUGUACAACAAGAAAAUGGAGGAGGUCUGCGGCGGUGACCGGCCCUUCCUGGCCCCCAGUGAGCUGCAGGCUCGACACAGCAACAUCAGAGAGGAGGCCCUGCAGGUGUUUCGGGGCGUGAAGAAGAUGGGAGGCGAGGAGUUCAGCCGCCGCUACCUGCAGCAGCUGGAGGGAGAGAUCGACGAGGUGUUUGUCCAGUACAUCAAGCACAAUGACUCCAAGAACAUUUUCCACGCAGCCCGGACGCCGGCCACCCUGUUUGUGGUCAUCUUUGUCAUGUACGUGGCUGCGGGCAUCACAGGCUUUGUGGGUGUGGACAUCAUUGCCAGCUUGUGUAACAUGAUCCUGGGCCUGGCACUGAUCACUCUCUGCACCUGGGCCUACAUCCGGUACUCCGGGGAAUACCGAGAACUCGGUGCCGUCAUCGACCAGGUGGCUGGUGCACUGUGGGACCAGGGGAGCACAAAUGAGGCUCUCUACAAGCUGUACAAUGUAGCAGCCAAUCACAGGCACCUGUAUCACCACGCCUUCCCCGGCGGGCCUCAGGUGGAGGAGGUUGCAGAGGAGCAGGACAAGAAGAGGGACUGAUUAGAUAAGACAGAGGACAGCAGGGACUUCCUGGUGAUGGACAGGAGGAGGAGGAGGGACAUCCUCACCCAUCAGGCACUCUUUUAUCCUGGUAUUGGCUGGUGCUGUCCACCAAUACACCCACUACUCUAAACCUAAUAACAGACUGUAUAAUGUUCAUGUAUCGGCAGAGCAUCCUCUCAGUGGGCGCCUGCUCUCAAAACGAUGGAUGCCAUUUAUCAGUGUCUCACUUUUCGUCUGUGAUAAAACAUCACCUGUACAGAUACUGUCUCCCGCAGGAGCCCACGGCAACCUCCGGUCACCUGUUGAUUUCACAUAUGAUGUUUUUUUUUUUUUUUUUUUCCCCUCCAUCAUUUGUCACCAUUUGAUGAUUUUCAAAAGUAUAGCCAAAUCUGUGAAACCCUCAUUUGUGACAAUUGUUCUGUUCUUUGAAGUUUAGUGCUGUUUAUAAGAAACAAUAUCUAUCGACCUGCGAUGUUUGAAAGCCAAAAUAUGUACUGUAUGUUAAAUAAUGACGCGUUACAAGCAUCAUCAGCAUGGUAAGUGGUUAAUGUCUGUCAUCUUUAAGCUCUAAAUCCAGGUAUACUUUAUAAAAAGUUUUAAUAGUUGUGACAAAGUGGUUAUUGUGCCAUAACAUGUAAAAAAAAAAAAAUGGUUUCACAUCUGCUGCAGCGUGGCUACAUGCAGACACUCAACGGCACAUUUAUUAGUUGUAUACAGUUUUUGUCCUGGAGGUUGAUUUCUGCAUCAGGGAGUCGCUUUGUGCUUUCAAAUAACAGCAGCACCGGGUGGGAAGACAAAAAUAGUUCAAAGUUUACACAACAUAGCCGACAUUAUCUCUCACUUUGUAGUCUGCUUGCAGUUUUGUAAUUACGCAGUGAUCCUCACUCUAUAUGUGUUUGGUCUUUGAGGUUGGGG